GUGCGCAGUUUAUUCUUCGUCAUCUUUAGAAGACACAAAACAGUAGAAACUAAGAGAGGAAAUGAAGGCCCUAAUGUCAUUACGUCAGCAGAAUUCAAUAGCGUAUUGUGUUAAGGAGAAAAAACCAUGUAUUGGUUGGGUGAACAGGUAUUUUAAGGAUUGCCUUUGCAACCUAAGUGAUGAGUUCUCCUUUGCUUUUGGUCUUGUCAGCCUCUCCUGUUGGGCUGUCGCUGAAAUCCCACAAAUCAUCACCAACUUCAGAACUAAAUCCAGCCAUGGCGUUUCACUUCUUUUCCUUCUUGGUUGGGUUGGCGGUGAUAUAUUCAAUCUAGCAGGUUGCCUUCUUGAGCCUGCAACGUUGCCGACCCAACUGUACACAGCUGUGCUCUACACAACAACUACUAUAAUACUAGUGCUGCAAAGCUUGUACUAUGAUUAUUUCUAUAGGUGCUGGAAACAGAGAGAUGAUGACUCUGGUCAAGAGGUUGAAGAAGUGAAGAAGCCUUUGAGACCACAAAAACCAACAGAUUCAGGGAUUCCAAUACCCAAAGGCAUAGGAGUAUCUGCUUCACGCCGCAUGGACUUCUAUUUCACGUCUGCGAGAUCAUUGGCCGGCAGUGCAACCCCGCCAUUUAGGUCCAAUCUAAGGCCUAUUGCAAGUGGACCGUCAGCAGUGGGGCUUAACCACAAUUACUCUUCAGAUGAGGACACAGUUGAUGCACCACUAAAUAUUUCCGUUAGCCAACCCAAGCCUAUCCCACGAUCUGCAGGUUAUGGAGCGUUCUUAGCCACAUCGUCGGGAAUGCCUCAUCAGACAAAGGCUUUAAUUGUUGGGUUUGGUGGAAGAAAACUAUUACAAGAGCACGGGACGGAACACAGUGCGCUUGGCCAAGUUUUGGGGUGGAUGAUGGCUGCUGUUUAUAUGGGUGGCCGGCUACCUCAAAUUUGGUUAAACAUUAAACGAGGGAAUGUCGAGGGUUUAAAUCCUCUCAUGUUCGUCUUUGCACUCAUCGCCAAUGUCACUUACGUAGGGAGUAUACUACUUAGGUCAACAGAAUGGAGUAAGAUUAAGGCCAAUAUGCCUUGGUUGUUGGAUGCUGUUGUCUGCGUUGUGCUAGAUUUAUUUAUCAUAUUACAAUAUGUGUACUACAAAUACUUCCGAAAGCAGUCCUCCACUUCCAAUGGCAGAGAUUAUGAGGGAGCCUACAAAGAAGCGAAUAAAUAUUGAAGGAAAAUUACAAACACCGUGAGUUGCUGCUCUAUUAUAUAGAUGUGAAGUUGUGGAACCAAAUCUCUAAAAUACCGAAGACGUUUGCGGCUAUUUCUCCUUCUAA